GAGUACGGAGUAGUGGCCAUUGGUUGGGAUGAGUACGGAGUAGUGGCCAUUGGUUGGGAUGAGUAUGGAGUAGUGGCCAUUGGUUGGGAUGAGUACGGAGUAGUGGCCAUUGGUCGGGAUGAGUAUGGAGUAGUAGUGGCCAUUGGUUGGGAUGAGUAGUGGCCAUUGGUUGGGAUGAGUAUGGAGUAGUGGCCAUUGGUUGGGAUGAGUAUGGAGUAGUGGCCAUUGGUUUUAGCAGUAAGUAAAUCAUUAGUGAGGUUUAGUAGGGCAGUGUCAGUGGACAUAGGAUGGAGGAGGAGGAGGGGGACCGUAGGAGUUGUGA